CCCGCGCCCUCGCCCGCGCCCGACGCGGAGGCGCCCGCUAGACGGCGGCGCCACCGCCCGCUCUACCGCCGCUUCUUCCACUAUGUUCGCACCGCGUGGACCGGCGUCAAGUUCGCUCUCGGUCUCACGGCGCAGUCCGAAAAUUCGGAGCUCGAGGAGCUCGGGGAGCAACUGCCGCGGUACCGACCGGACUCGAUCGCGGCGUUGCGUCGUGCCACGCGCUUCACGGAGCCCGAACUAAAGCGUCUAUACCGAGGCUUCAAAGCAGAGUGUCCCACGGGCGUCGUGCGGGAGGACACGUUCAAACAUAUCUACUCUCAGUUCUUCCCACAAGGAGCAAACACGGCUCAGUAUGCUCACUAUGUUUUCAACACUUUGGAUCAAGACAGGAGUGGACUUCUUAGUUUUGAGGAAUUCGUAACCGGCUUGUCGAUAUUAUCCCGAGGUACUUUGGAAGAGAAACUGCGGUGGACUUUUUCGUUAUACGACAUUAAUGGCGACGGCUACAUAACUAAGGAAGAGAUGACUGAAAUAGUGACAGCCAUCUAUGACCUCAUGGGCAAGAUUGUGGAGCCCAUGAUAGACGACGACGCCGUUCGAGAGAAAGUUGAACGACUGUUUCAGAAAAUGGAUUUAAACCGCGACGGCGUCCUAACACUCGAUGAAUUCCUCGACUGCUGUCUGCGCGACGAGGAUAUUAUCCGCUCUAUGGGCGUGUUCGACAGUAACUUCUGACGAGGCCCCGACGGCGGGAGACCCGUCUCGCGCCACGCACCAUAAACCUAUAAAUCUCUACAACAUUCGACUUUAGCAAUAAUUAUUCUGUGCUUCGUGAAAUUUUAGCUAAAAUCUCCUAAUACUAUAUGUAUUGUAAUAUCUAAUAUCGUAUGAAUAAGUCCAACUGUCAGAAUGGACAUUACUUUUUAAAUUCUCUCAACAAUAUAACCGUCAAAUUACGA